UGCUAAUAGGCCAGAGCCAGGGAAGAAAUGUUGCUACUGUGUCAAUCCGUCUGAGUCCUGACUCCCAUUGAGGAAAACUGGUUGUUGACUGAAUGUUUUAUUCACUGGUCGGUUUUGCUUUUAUUUGACACCGAGGACGACCUGAGAGGCGAUUUUUAUUACGGCAGCAAAGCAGCAUGUCUGUGUGCAGGUAUCUCAGAGUUUUGAAGAUUUGGGGAGAAAGUUGUAUAAUCUUGCCUGCUGGUCUGUGAAGUAAUGCUCAUGGAGAAAGGGGUCUCUGACUGCAUCCCCACUCCUGAGGCAUCAACUCCAUUUACGUCCCAGUGCCAUGCACUUCAUGGCAUUGCCAUGUGGAAGGUAACUUAAUCUCCCAUCUUUUGCCCUUUGGCUCGUCCCAUGUCUGAGGACAGUGAUCCAAAGCACUAACUGUACUCAACCCUCAACGGGUGCGAACGGAACCGUGAAAGGGUCGGCUUCCAGGUGGAGGAAGAGGAGCGCUCUCCCUGCGGCUCCAUUAGCCAACUUCACCUCAUGGCCAGUUACAACGAGGCCUGUGGCGGGCAGGAUGGGGUCGAACUGGAAGGAGAGUUAGGAUUGGCCUCCGAGGGGAGCGACAGUGGCCAUGAGCACCCGGUCUUGCCGGGGUCCCCGCACGACGACAGGAAGCGGCCACGCCCAACCUUACAUGAGGAUGUAGAGAUGGGUGGCAGCGGCUCGAGUGGGAGUGGGACAGAAUCCCAUGGUAACGAGUCGCAAGGCAAUGAGUCCCAUGGCAAUGAAUCUGUGGGCAGCUCAAAUGGCAAUGGCAAAGAUUCCGCUCUCUUGGAGUCUUCAGGGAGCAACAAGAGCUCAAACUCUCACAGCCCCUCGCCGCCAAGCAGCUCUAACGCCUUCAGUCUGGUGAGCUCCGAGCAGGACAACCCUUCAACCAGCGGCUGCAGCAGCGAACAGUCAGCCAAAGCUAAGACACAGAAGGAGCUCUUCAAGACCCUCAAGGAGCUGAAGAUGUACUUGCCAUCGGAAAAGAGGAGCAAGGGCAAGUCCAGCACCGUCAACGCGCUCAAAUAUGCACUGCGGUGUGUCAAACAGGUGAAAGCCAAUGAGGAAUACUACCAGAUGCUGAUGAUUAACGACAGUCACCCACCAGGGUUGGAUGUAUCUUCCUACACCAUCGAGGAAAUCAACAGCAUCACCUCUGAAUACACUCUCAAAAACACUGACAUAUUUGCUGUAGCCGUCUCACUCAUCACAGGGAAGAUUGUUUACAUCUCGGACCAGGCGGCGUCCAUCUUGAACUGCAAACGGGAAGUGUUUAAAAAUGCCAAGUUUGUGGAGUUCCUGACGCCUCAGGACAUCAGCGUGUUCUACAGCUUCACCACACCCUACCACCUGCCCUCAUGGAGCAUGUGCACCGGAGCAGAGUCGUCCCCCACGGAGUGCAUGCAGGAAAAAUCCUUCUUUUGCCGCAUCAGUGGUGGUAAGGAGCGUGAAGGGGAUCUCCAGUACUAUCCUUUCCGUAUGACUCCUUACCUGAUGAAAGUCCAGGAUGCUGAGCUGGGUGAGGAACAGUUCUGCUGCCUUCUGCUGGCUGAGAGGGUGCACUCUGGAUAUGAAGCACCCAGAAUUCCUCCUGACAAACGUAUCUUCACCACCACACACACAGCCAACUGUGUGUUCCAGGAUGUGGAUGAGAGGGCUGUUCCUCUGUUGGGUUACCUCCCUCAGGACCUGAUCGGGACCCCUGUGCUACUGAAUCUGCACCCAAGUGACCGACCCUUGAUGCUGGCUGUGCAUCGGAAGAUUCUGCAGUAUGCUGGUCAGCCGUUUGAUCACUCCUCGAUCCGUUUCUGUGCAAGAAACGGUGAAUACAUCACCAUCGACACCAGCUGGUCCAGCUUCGUCAACCCCUGGAGCCGCAAGGUCUCCUUUGUCAUUGGCAGGCACAAAGUCCGCAUGGGUCCUGUGAAUGAAGAUGUUUUUGCAGCACCAGCUUUCCAUGGAGGGAAGAUCAUGGACUCGGACAUCCAGGAAAUUAGUGAACAGAUCCACAGGCUGCUACUCCAGCCGGUCCACAACAUGGGCUCCAGCGGUUAUGGUAGCCAUGGCAGCAAUGAUUCCCACGAGCAGCUGGUCAGCAUCGGCUCAUCCAGUGAGAGCAACGGGAACGCCACGACGGGAAAGACGGCGGAGGAGACAGGCAAGGCCAAGCAUCCCAGGACGUUCCAGGAGAUUUGUAAAGGGGUCCACAUGCUGAAGAACCAGGACUCUCAGGUCUGCCUGCGCUCCCCUCCCCCUUCGCCCUCACCAUCACCAUCAAAGCCUGAGCAGAAGAAGACCACUGACACUUCCUCAACAGCUCAGAAGAGUCCAGCGGUGCGUCUGAAGGACUCUGCACCCCUGCAGGUCAGAGACAGUACUGCAGCCAGCAUGGAGGACUUCACCUGCAAAGACCAGACCGGCCACUCCUACCAGCAGAUUAGCUGCCUCGACAGUGUCAUCAGGUACUUGGAGAGUUGUAACGUCCCCAUCACAGUGAAGAGGAAGUACCAUUUCUCCUCCAACACCACCUCCUCCAACUCAGAUGAUUACAAGCAGGGUUUAGAGGAUGGAAUGCAAGUGGCUGAAGAUACAAACCCAGACCCUUUGAUGCUAGAUGCCCAACCAGGCCUGUCAAACAUGAAAGCACCAAAGAAGCCUCCAUCUGGGUCAGCUGCUGUGGUGGGAGGCCCCCUGGCACCCCUCACCCUGCCCAGCAAGGCUGAGAGCGUGGUGUCCAUCACCUCACAGUGCAGCUACAGCAGCACCCUCGUCCACGUGGGAGACAAGAAGCCUCAGCCGGAGUCUGAGAUUAUCGAGGACGUGGCAGAGAGCCCUGUGCCCCUGGCUCUGCCUGUCAGCGUGGUGUCUCCUCCCAGCCAGGAGAAGGAGGCCUACAAGCGGCUGGGACUGACCAAACAGGUGCUGGCCGCACACACCCAGAAAGAAGAGCAGGCCUUCCUCACCCGCUGCCGAGAGCUCCGCAAUGCAAGGACCUUCCAGAAGGACUGUUCCACGUAUCUGCACAAGCAGAGAGGUCCAGCCAAUGCUAAAGAAUCAUCUGGACCACGAGGCGCAGCCAAACAGGGCACCACCAGGCCCGAGACUACUGCCAAGAAGGGCAUCCGCAGCAGGAAGUCCAAGAAGCCACGGAUGAAGCAUCCUGAUUCGUCAGACAGCGCUGUAUCAAACCGCAAACCCCGGCCCCCUCUCCAGGGUCUCAACCAAACCUCGUGGUCCCCGUCAGAAACAUCCCAGUCAGCUUUUAAUGUCUCCUAUCCCGCCAUGGUGCCUACCUAUCCACUCUACCCCCCAGCACCUGCUGCCCCAGCUCAGGCCCCCCACACUGACCCCUCCCUUUCCGCAGGCUUUGGGGAGGGGCAGAGCACCCAAGCCCCACCUACUGCCACUCCAUUUCCUGCACCCAUUGUUACACCUGUGGUGGCUCUGGUGCUACCCAAUUAUAUCUUUCCCCAAAUAGGACAUUUAGGUCAGAUAGGGCAGCUGGGGGCUGCUCCUAGAUCAACGUUUUUCCCCGAGCAGACCCAGACACAACCUGCAUACACUACUCAGCAGCCCUUUCAGCCUCCGCAGCCAGCCUACAACAUGCAAACACAACCCCCCUACCCAAGCCAACAGCCGUUCACCGUGCAGACUGCCUUUACACCACAGCAGCCAUUCCAAACCUCUCAGACCCCGUACACUGCCCAGCAACCUUUCCAGGCCCCUCAGACUGCCUAUGCUACCCAGCAGCCUUUCCAGGCUCCUCAGACUGCCUACACUACCCAGCAGCCCUUCGCUGCCCAGCCUUCUUUCCCAGUACAGACUCAGUUUGUGGCUCAAGCCCCAUAUCCAUCUCAGGCCUUCCCUUACAGCCAAGCCCCUGAGCCCCCUAAAGCCCUGGCCGUGGAGCCCCGAGAGGGGGUGGCAUCACGCUCUUCGACCCCAGCUUCCGGAACCAGGGAGCCCGCCACUUCUCCGCCACUGUUUGAGUCGCGGUGCAGCUCGCCUCUGCAGCUCAAUCUGCUGAGCAUGGAGGAGGGACAGCGCUCAGUGGAACGGCAGGACAGCACAGCGCUCCCUGCUGGAGGCCAGGGCAACAAUACAGCUGCCGCAUCAGGGGCAGCUGCAGCAGCAGGGGAGAAGAACGGAGGCACAGCAAACACUGAAAACCACCAGCAGGUGGAGUCUCCACAAGUUGGGACUCACAGCGACGGUAACUCCUCAUCCUGCGACUUCCUGGACAUCCUGCUGCAGGAGGACUCCCACUCUGGCACCGGAUCAGCCACCUCUGGAUCCAUGGGCUCCGGAUCGGGCUCCGGAUCGGGCUCCGGAUCGGGCUCCGGAUCAGGCUCCGGAUCGGGCUCAGGCUGUCGUACGUCAGCUAGUGGAGCUUCUGACAGCAGAACAGGGAGCAGCAACACCAGCAAAUACUUUGGCAGCGUUGACUCCCUGGAACAUGACCCCAAGGCCAAAGCCAAGACGAGAGGCGAAGAAGGCAAAGAAGGCGAAGAGGGCGGACAGUCGCAAGCCAAGGUCUCAACCCAAGGGGACGGAGAGCAUUUCAUCAAAUAUGUUCUCCAGGAGCCCCUCUGGCUGCUGAUGGCCAAUGCUGACGACAAGGUUAUGAUGACAUAUCAAAUGCCAUCCAGGGACAUUCAGAAGGUUCUGCGAGAAGACAAGGAGAGGCUGAGACAGAUGCAGAAGAGCCAGCCUCACUUCUCCUCAGACCAGCGACGAGAGCUAGUGGAGGAACACCCCUGGAUGAGGAGGGGAGGUCUACCUGCUGCAAUCAAUGUGAAGGAAUGUGUGUACUGCGAGGAUGCAGCAGCAGACCCCAUUGAGAAGGACCUGCCAGACAUGGACAUGGGCGAGCUGGGCGAAGAGCUGAGCCAAGAGAGCCAGAACGCCCAGAGCCAAUCAGAGGAGUCUCCGCCUCAACCAGACAUUGGCUCCUGAAUGCACACACCGCCAGCAGGGGGACACACUCGACCAGCUGGACCCUCAUGUACAAUGUGGAUGUGAGACAAACACAUACAACAUGAACUCAAGCAGAACUCUGUGUUGUCAUUGUGGUGAAUAUGAGGAUGUGCCGUUCGUGUGUGUUGUACGGUGGACAGCUGCUGAAGUGCAGUUCCUAUUGUGCCCAUAUAGGUGGCAGUAACGCUCUAUGAGGGUCUUUGUAUGCAUGACCCUCUUACUUUUGCCAGCUCUCACCCACACAAUCACUGAAAUGAUCUGGACCCAGCCCAACCUUUGGACCCAGGUAUUUUUUUUUAUUUAAUUGUUUCCCAUUGGCUUUGUCAGAGGCAGAGCUUUACAGAAACAUGAGCAGUUAUUAUUCUAAAAAAGACAAAGUUAAUAGUUAAUGGGCAUCUUAUAAAUAUAUUUGAUUAAAAAUAUUAUAUUUGAUUAAAAAUACACUGUAUAUACAUUGACAAAGUAAGUGUCAUUAAACUAUUUUCAAAUGUCAUUAACAAGCAGCCCAGCAUUGCUGUUUAAAUACUCUGCUACCAGACAUUAUGUUUGUGUUUUCUUGUUUUGCCACAUGGGCCCAUUCAGGCCCCUCAAACCCCAGGAUCCCCUUUGUUUUCCCAUGAGGAACUAUGUAGAAUAGCUGUGGUGCUCAUUGGAUGAUGUAGUCCGGGUCAAAGGGCAGGGACUCCCUCUUUUAUAUCAUGGAUGAGUUUUUAUCCCACUGCUUUCCUCGGACCUGAGUGUUUUCAAUAUUCAGGCACACAGCAGUGGUAGAACCUGACUGAACAGCCAACACAAUGACAUGUAGGCUGAUUAUAACUUUCCACAACAGUGACAAUCUAACACAUAGUGCAAGCUAUCCAUUUAUCUAAGUAUCUUAUUUAUUUUCUACCAGAUAAUGUAUCUAGAAUAGAUAUUUUUUUAAAGCCAAAUCCAUUCAGCUAAAAGACAGUACUUGCCUACUCUACCCACUUGACAGUUAACUCCACAGGAUAUUUAAAGUCACUUUACUCUGAGAACUUAAAAGUGUUGUAGGCCUCUGCCGACCUUAAAACAGCACGGGUGCUAUGAAGGAAUAGGCAUCAUCACAGAUUAAGUAAUAUUUUGAAUAUUUAAGAAAUAUUUUUUCUGGUAUAAAAAAAAUUCAACAUCAGAAAAUGGAUGAAUAAAAAAGCAGACAUUGAGAGGAUGGUUGUUUCUUCUUGAGUUUUUAAAAGUGUUGAGUACUAUUCUUUUUCUGUCAGUAUGGUGCACUUCUACAAAAUGUCAUUUCUAGAACAAAUCAGUGCUAUUUUAGGGAUUUAUACAUUAUGCAAAAUUACAUUGUCUACACUUGAACCCUUUUCAGAGACAUUUCCUUUGCUCAUUUUCUCACACAUCAAUGGUUCUGGAUUAAAAAAAUAGGAACACACAUUUCUUGAACUGCUUUAUCUCACCGAGAAACUUUUUUUACAAUACUGGUAUAUUUCAGGCACCACUAGAAGUCAUAGGUCUCUGCAGGUGUGUGUGCAGCAGUACAGAUCCUUGAGUAAUUUAAAAGCGUUGUAUGAUACCAUGCUCUCAACAGAGGAAGAUACUGAGCACUGAAAUAAAGAUUACGGUGGGAAAAUGUUAUUACAAAUGUAGCAAAUAAGGGGACCAUGUAGCUUCAGUAACCUCUUGUAGAAACCUGGGUUACACAAGAAAUGGUGACAUGCAUACAUCAGCAACCAUGCAAGCCCCCCAUCAUCUAACAUGAAGCAUUAAGGAAACUGUGAUCCACAGUAUGAGAACUGGGUAUAACUCUGGUGCUACUACAGAGAAACAGUUGAGGCUUGUGAAUGUAACACAGACUGGACCAAGAGCAUCUCACUGGUUUUGGUUGUUUUCAUGAUUUUCUUUAUUUUUAUUGUUCUAUUUUUCUAUUUUUUUUUCUCUUGUGUGUUUCAUUUUAUUUGUUUGACGAAGGUGCAAGCUUUUGAGCGUCAUUGGGGAUGGACCCUACCUCAAAUAAAUCCCAGGUCAUGUUACUGUAAGCAGAACAUAAGAUGUGUAUGCAUGUGGGCAAAGCGCAAUGGACAGAGCGGUCAGAUACUUAAGUGAUUCCGGUGAGUGAUGGGCUUGUACAGAGAGUCUCUGCCUUAGACCGGCAGAGGGUUGUGGACUCCUUCUGUCUGCUGUCUGCCUCUAUGGAUGAAUGCACAGAGAGGACAGGCGCCUGUCACCACCUUUAGCAAUCACAAUCUAUCUCUGUCUUUUGUCUCUCUUCUGUGCAAAAUAUUUCAAGGUGGGGCCUCCAACACUCACCUGUGUAUAAACCAUUAAGAAUGCAAGGAUGUUGUUUAUUCAUUUGGAAACUGAUAUGUGGAAAUUAGCUGUUCUCAAUGUUGAGAGUAAGCCAGAGAGUGAUACUGCACUAGUGUUUAAGCCUUACCUUUCUCAUAAGGCCUCACAUACAAGGAUUCUAUUUUUAACUGAAUUACACACUGGUGGGCUGGAGGAAGCACCCUGAUCAGUACUGGCACAUGAUGUUGUGUACGGUCAUGUAAAUUUGUUUCAUUGCCACUGUAUGAGUCUGUGGUAUGUUAAACUAGCACAGUUCUGUGUAUUUUUGUAGAUAAGCAGAUGUGUUGUUUGAGACAGAGACAGCGUUAUAAUAAAACUACAGAAAUAAUAA